AUGACUGGCUACCCUUCUCUGGAAGAACAAGCUCUGGAGAUGGCAAUGGCUGGCGUGGGACGCGAUGAGAAGGAUGAUGCGAGUAGUUCUUCUGAAGGCGAGGAGACCGGAGGAAGUGACGCGUCUGACACAGCAGACGAAGAUGUGGAAAAAAAGAGUCGCGACGGCGGCGACCGUGACCGCGACGACAACCCCGACCCGCCAAGUGGAGCUGGGGCGAGUUCUUCCGCCGAACCUUCGCCUUCUGUGCCCGAGACCUUCAUGGAUUACACGAAGGAGGCUUUCGAGAAGCAUAUCCAGAGCAUUCUCGCAGAUGCCACCACGAAGGAGGACUAUAUCAAGCUGAGGGACAUGUUGAAGGACUACACCACCCUUUUCUUCAACGGCUACAAGUCGGCUAAUGGCAUGCUGAAGAAGAUGGUGAGAGAGGAGAAGAAGAAAGCGCUCAUGAAACAGAAGACGGACAUGCCCAACAUCGAGACCACCAUCAAAUUCCAAAGCGGUGGUAAGACCGUUGUCGUGAGUUUGCCGGCAAAGGGGACAUUGCGAACCCUUCGCAACGUUCUGACAUCACUCCAUGGCUACAAGGAUAGCCAUCUCAAGAAAUGCCGAUUCAUGCUGAACAACUUGGACGACGGCAUCGACAUGGCAGAGCACCCCCGCCGCGAGAUGGUAAAGUGGUGCCCCACGAAGAGCUCUAUGACCGUCACUGUCAUCUUCGGCGGAAGUGGUGGUGGGAAACGCGCAGCCUCGUCGUUGGCGUCUUCGAAGAACCUUGAUGAGAAGAAGAAAGACCUUUAUGAAGACCUCGGAAUGAUGGCGAUGAGAGUCGCAAACACCACCAUCCCAAGCGUUACGGAGUGCGUGAAAGUUCUGAUGAACCUCAAGCAGAACAUGGACAAGGGCGAGAAGACCAUCGUGACGUCGGUUUUCAGCCAGAUGAGUGCGAACGAUCUGAUGGAAAUCCAGAAUAAGCUCGCCUCGACAGGCAACACGCAACACAAGAUUCAGCACAUUGCGAAAGUCGCAUUCGGUAAGAUGAGCACGGAGAUGUUCGAGAUGAAAAAGCAAAGCGAAACCAUGGACAAAGCGACCAUCCUCAUGACGCACCUCAUGCUGUUGCAUGAGUUCGGCAACGACGAUUCUUCGAUUGGAUGGAGUGCCUUCACAUCGGCUCUCACGGGCAUUCUCGUUAAGAAGGCUUCUGAUACUGAUGCUUCCGAUGCCCCGACCACAGGUCUCACCGCAUGA